AAAAAAAGCAAAAUGGUGGCGCCGAGGUGAAAACAAAACAACGCCAGAGCAAGAGAAUAACAGUUGACACCAGAGAGAUGAGAGCAGUCUACUGAGCGCAAAGGACUGCCUUGUUGAGAUAACCAGACUGCCAUGAACACGGAGACGGGGCGCUAAAGUUUUGAAGUAAAUCUCGGACAUUUAACCCGCAGAAGUACCAGCGACGCAGAUAGAGACCACCGCUCGCCAGGGCGUCAGCGCUCAUCCCCGCUCCUCAUCCGUGACAAGUAGCGGCAGAGAUGACGAACGCUGCCUCCGACACCACGCCCUUCUUCUCUGACGAGGGGGAGGGGUCAGGCGGAGAGGGGGCGGAGACAGAAGAGAGCCAGCCAAUGGAGGAGGAGCCGGCCAGCGGGGUGUCCAAUAGGAGAGCUAUUAUGACGGUAGCCGUGCUGUGCUACAUCAACCUACUGAAUUACAUGGACCGCUUCACUGUAGCAGGAGUCCUUCCGGAUAUUGAGAAGUUCUUCAAGAUUAAUGACGGCACCUCAGGCCUGCUACAAACAGUGUUCAUUUGCAGCUACAUGUUCCUGGCGCCGCUGUUUGGUUACCUAGGCGACCGUUACCACAGGAAGCUGAUCAUGUGUGUCGGCAUCAGCAUGUGGAGCGUCGUAACACUUGCAUCAUCAUACAUAUAUACUAAAGAGCAUUUCUGGGCUCUGCUGGUGACGAGGGGCCUGGUUGGCAUCGGGGAGGCCAGCUACUCCACCAUCGCUCCCACCAUCAUCGCCGACCUCUUCGUCAAAGAGAGAAGGACCAGGAUGCUGACAUUCUUCUACUUCGCCAUCCCAGUGGGCAGUGGCAUGGGUUACAUUGUGGGGUCAAAGGUCGCUGACUUCGCUGGAGACUGGCACUGGGCACUACGGGUGACCCCCGUGCUGGGUGUGCUUGCAGUCUUCCUCCUGGUGUGUGUGGUGAAGGAGCCUAAGCGGGGGGCCAUCGAGGCGCGGCCAGAACACACUCUCCACCGCACCAGCUGGCUGCAAGACAUGCAGGCACUCUGCAAGAAUGCCAGCUUCAUGCUGUCCACUAUGGGCUUCACGGCGGUGGCGUUCGUGACGGGCUCCCUUGCUCUCUGGGCUCCUGCGUUCCUCUAUCGAGCGGCCAUCUUUAACGGGGAGAGGCCACCCUGCACUGGAGAGAGCUGCGGCAACAACGACAGCCUGUAUUUCGGCCUGAUCACGUGUGUGACGGGCAUCCUGGGCGUGGCGAGUGGCGUGGAGAUCAGCCGGCGUCUGAAGGUGGUGACUGCUAGAGCCGACCCCCUGGUCUGUGCUGCCGGCCUCCUGUUGGCCGCCCCCUUCCUCUUCCUCGCCGUCUCAUUCGCACAGGCCUCCACUAUCGCCACCUACGUGUUCAUCUUUCUGGGAGAGACGUUCCUGUCCAUGAACUGGGCUAUCGUAGCAGACAUACUACUGUACGUGGUGGUCCCAACUCGUCGCUCCACAGCCUCAGCGUUCCAGAUCGUCAUCUCACACCUUCUGGGAGACGCAGGCAGCCCCUACCUGAUAGGAGUGGUGUCGGACACUUUAAAGAGGGAGGACUCCUACAUGUGGGCGUUCCGGUCGCUUCAGAUCUCGCUACUGAUUUGCUCCUUCGUGGCUGUGGGGGGCGGGGCUGCCUUCUUGGCCACCGCCCUCUUUGUGGAAAAAGACAAACAAAUCGCAGAAAGCUACACACCCUCAGACGACGCUCCGAUCGUGGUGCCCAAGAGGGGGCGCUCCACCAAGGUCCCGGUUUCCAGCGUGCUGAUUUGACCAGAGCGCCGUGGGAGGGGCCAAUCUCCGCUGAGAGAGACGAGUCCUCAUUGGAGAAUAGCUCGGACCCCCUUAAAAGCUCUCAGCCAAUGGCACACCAGGACUCGUACAGCCCUAAUCUGACUGGACUGUGGCUGGCCAAUGGGAACGUGUGUGUAUUUAUCUGCGAGCUGUGAUUGGUGGAUUUUGCAGUUUUAUGCUAAUGACCCCGGCAGGGGGCAUCGAAGCUAAGCAUCAUGGGAUAUGAGGUCCACCGCCGACUGGGACGCAAUGGAGAAUACGUGUGUGUGUGUGUGUGUGUGUGUGUGUGUGUGUGUGUGUGUGUGUGUGUGUGUGUGUGUGUGUGUGUGUGUGUGUGUGUGUGUGUGUGUGUGUGUGUGUGUGUGUGUGUGAGAGAGAGAGAGAGUUUAGGUUUCAAUCAGAGGGAGUAUGUUUUUAUUUUAUUUUUAUUUUUAAUUUUUUUGAGUUUGAGUGAGACAUAGGUAGAGAGGUGUGUGUGUGAGAGAGAGACUCUAACAAGCAGUGUGUGUGUGUGUGUGUGUGCAGGUGUGUGUUUGCGUGCGUGGGUGUGUGACUUUUGACGGUUAUUUUUUUUAGACAGGGAGUGGUGUGUGGGAGAGACAAACUUUUAGAAAGGGUUGUUGUGACCUGGUUUCAGUGGGUGUGUGUGUGUGUGUGUGUGUGUGUGUGUGUGU